AUGUACCAAACUAGUAAAUACGAGAUUAAAUGGGGUCAAAGGAUUCACAUCCCAAUUUUUCAUCCCUCUCCUCUCUCUUUCUCUCUUCCUCUCUCUACGCUACCUCUUGCGCCAGUCUUUCCCUCCCAACAAUCUCUCUUUAUUUAUAUAUUUGAAUAUCUCAAUUUUUUUCUAAUUCCUCUUACCUUCCUUCUCUCUCUCUCUCACGCGCGCUCCAAUAAAAAUAUUCAUUAUUAUAUAUCGUGUCUGUCAACUUUUUUUUUUCUGUCUUCUGUUCUUAUUUUUCUCCUUCCCUCUCCUUCACCCUUCACUCACUAUCUCCUCUUUCUCAUAUCGCAUUUCCCUUUCUGCUUUCUUUUUCAACCCCUCCCUCUUCCUAAUACCUAUUCUCCUUCUCUUUCUAACGAUUAUGUCUCCAAGAACACCAUUCCACUGGCCAGUAGCCCAAUGGAUUAA